CCGCUGGUCCUCAGUCACAGGUCAGUUUCUGAACUUUGGAAUAAAAUACAUCUCCAGUCUGAGUCCAGCUGCAGGAGAGAAAAGUGGAAGACAACAACACGCUGCACACACUGAAAGUAAGUUUGACCAAAGAUCAGGACUCAGAGGAAGUUUGAGUGAAGCGGAGAGAGGAGAACCAGGACUGACCGUACUUCCUGCUUCCAGCUUCAAUCACAAACUCCAUGGCUUCCAGAUUAGACGAGGAUCUUCACUGUCCCGUGUGUCAGAACAUCUUCACAGAUCCUGUUCUUCUGUCAUGUAGCCACAGCUUCUGUAGAGACUGUCUGAAGAGCUGGUGGAGAGCAGACCCAACACACAAGUGUCCAAUUUGUAUGAGAAGAUCUUCAAGGGAAGAUCCACCUCGUAACCUGGUUUUAAAGAAUCUGUGUGAGUGGUUCUUACAGCAGAGAGAUCAGAGAGCUUCAGAGGAUCUCUGCAGUCUGCACUCUGAGAAACUCAAACUCUUCUGUCUGGACCAUCAGCAGCCAGUGUGUGUCGUCUGCAGAGACUCACAAAAACACACCAACCACAGAUUCAGACCCAUCGAUGAAGCUGCACGACAACAUAAGAAGAAGCUUCAGGAAACUCUGGAGCCCUUAAAGAAGAAGUUAAAGGUUUGUGAAGAAGUUCAAGUGAAGUUUGAUCAAACAGCAGAACACAUUAAGGUCCAGGCCCGACACACAGAGAGGCAGAUUAAGGAGCAGUUUAAAAUGCAGUUUAAGAAGCUUCAGCAGUUUCUAGCAGAGGAAGAGAAGGCCAGGCUGGCUGCACUGAGGGAGGAAGAGGAGCAGAAGAGUGGGAUGAUGAAGGAGAAGAUGGAGGCUCUGAGCAGACAGAUAGCAGCUCUUUCACACACAGUCAGAGCCACAGAGGAGGAGCUGAGAGCUGAAGACGUCUCAUUCCUGCACAGCUACAAGGCUGCAGUGGAAAGAGUCCAGCGCUGCCCCCUGCUGGAUGAUCCACAGCUGCCCUCAGGAGCUCUGAUAGACCAGGCCAAACACCUGGGCAACCUGACCUUCAACAUCUGGAACAAGAUGAAGGACAUGGUCUCCUACUCUCCUGUGAUCCUGGACCCAAACACUGCUCAUCCAGAACUCAUCCUGUCUGAAGAUCUGACCAGUGUGAGACGACGAGGAGGAGAGAGGCAGCAGCUUCCUGAUAAUCCAGAGAGGUUUGAGCGUGCCCACUCUGUCCUCGGCUCUGAGGGCUUCAACUCAGGGACUCACAGCUGGGAUGUUGAGGUUGGAGACAGUACACUGUGGGCACUGGGUGUGUCAGCAGAGUCCUGUCAGAGGAAGGGAAACAUACAGUCUGGAUUUUUGGAAAUCUAUUAUCAAAAUGGUGAAUACUAUGAAUGGGCACCACCAGCUCCGGUCUCCAUUCUCCCAGUACGGACGGAGCUCCGGAGGAUCAGAGUGACUCUGGACUGGGACGGAGGGAAGCUGUUGUUCUCUGAUAUUGAUACUGACACACACAUUCACACCUUCACACACACCUUCACUGAGAGGAUGUUUCCAGACAUUUACAGUGGGGAUAACUUCCCAGUGACUGUGUUACCGAUGAAGGUGUCUGUGAGCAAACAGGUCUGUAGUUACAACAUUUUAUGUGUUUCCAGCCUCAGCCGUCAGUCAUCGAUCUUACCCGUCAGCUCGAUUUUGAGACUGAAUCCCUUUUAAACUGAAAGGGCUUAAAAUGAUUUGGAGCCGUUUGAAACCCUCCAGAGUUUCUGACGGACUCUCUGGAGGGUUUCUUUGUUUUGUU